AUGUGUCAAUCCGAUCUGCACGACUUCCUCCACGGCCUGCCCAAGUGCGAACAUCAUGUCCAUCUCGAAGGCUGCAUGAGCCCCGAGCUCAUCUUCGAGCUCGCUCAGCGUAAUGGAAUUGAACUUCCCGCCGCGACAAACCCGGCGUAUGCUUCCAUCGCUGCCCUGUCGGCCCGCUACGAACACUUUACCUCGCUGGAUGACUUCCUCUCCUUCUACUUCCAGGGAAUGGAUGUCCUGUGUAAUCAAGCCGACUUCGCCGAUCUGGCGUGGUGGUAUUUCCAAAAGGCGCACGCUGACGGCGUCCACCACGCCGAGGUCUUCUUCGAUCCCCAAGUUCACCAAGACCGCGGCAUUCCCUACGAGACCAUCGUCGCUGGAUUCUCGGAGGGCUGCAAGCGCGCCGAGCGCGAAUUGGGUAUAAGCACCCGGCUUAUUCUUUGCUUCGUUCGCCAUCUGCCCGUUGACUCGGCGCAGAAGGUCUACGAGAGGUUCCUCGCCAGCGGCCACUUCGAGGCCGGUGUCGUCCAUGGUCUCGGCUGGUCCUCUACCGAGGUCGGCCCGCCCAAGGAUAUGUACCGCGCCCAGUACACUGAUGCUAAGACGAAGGGUAUCCCGCUCACUGCGCACGCCGGUGAGGAAGGUGACCCCUCUCAUAUUAGUGUUGCGCUUGAGCUGGGUGCUCAGCGUAUUGAUCACGGCAUCCGACUUAUUGAGGACCCGGAAUUGAUGAAGCGCAUUGCGAAAGAGGGUAUUCUCCUGACUGUCUGCCCGCUAUCGAAUGUGCGGUUACGCUGCGUCAAGAAGGUGGAAGAGGUCCCGAUUCGCCGGUUCCUGGAGGCUGGCAUCAAGUUCUCUAUCAACAGUGAUGACCCCGCCUACUUUGGUGGAUACAUUCUCGACAACUACUGCGCUGUCCAGGAUGCGCACAAGCUAUCGGUGUUGGAGUGGCGUAUCAUUGCGGAGAACAGUGUGCAGGAGAGCUGGAUUCCGAAUGAGCGCAAGGCGGAGUUGUUGGACCACAUUGAGACUCAUGUGAAGAAGUACAUGCCCGUGGCUGUAUAA